GUGCAUGUGGGGGCGGGGUUUCUUGAAGAGGCUACCUGCCUGUGGUGUAAAUGAGGGCACUUCCUGAACAGACUCACAUUAAAAAACGAAAGUCAACGAGGGAAACAAGUGCACAUGGUGAAUGUGUCUGACGGGAAGCAGCGCAUAGACGUCACAGGUGAUAACGGGCUGUGCGCGUGUUUUGUACCGCGUGUGCGCACCGCAGCAUGAGCCAGUGGAAGCAGAUUCAGCAGCUGGAGAUCAGGCUCCUGGAACAUGUGGAUUAUCUGUAUGAUGAUAACUUCCCCAUGGACAUCCGACAGGGUCUGGCCAGCUGGAUCGAGUCUCAGGACUGGGACACAGCAGCUAACGAUGAGUCGAUGGCGACGGUGCUGUUUACCAACCUGCUGUCCCAGCUGGAGAGGGUGCGCUCACAGGAGCAGAACUUCUUACAAAGGCACAACAUGAAAAUCAUACAACAGCAGUUACAGGUGAAAUAUGCGAACAACCCUGCUGUCAUGGCCAGAGUCAUCUCCACCUGCCUCAGGGAAGAGUGCCGUAUCCUCUCCAGCGCUUGCAUGCAGGAACAGGGUCCACUGGAGAAAUCAUUGCAGAGCUCUGUGGCCUUUGAGAGGCAGAAGAACAUGGACAACAGAGUCAGCAUCAUCAGGGGCAGCGUACAGUUGAUGGACCAGGCGGUGAAAUACAUUGAGGACAUGCAGGACGACUUCGACUUCCGUUACAAGACCCUACAGUCUCGGGAAUCAUCAGAUAGGAACUCUGAAAUAAUGAAACAAGAAGUAACAAGACUGCAGGAAAUGCUUAACAGGCUCGACUUUAAAAGAAAGGAGAUCCUGUCAAAGAUGGAUGUUGUGAUCAAAGAGAUUGACGACCUGAUGACUUCCCAGCUCAACCCUGAGCUGCAGGACUGGAAGCGCAGGCAGCAGGUCGCCGCCAUCGGUGGUCCACUGCUCACCGGCCUGGACCAGCUGCAGAGCUGGUUUAGUCUGACAGCCCAGAGUCUCUUCCAGAUCAAGCGUCAGCUGGACAAACUGGGGGAACUGGUUGCGAAGGUCACCUACGAGAGCGACCCAAUCCCGCUGCAGAAACCUCAGAUGGAGGAGCGGGUUAAAUACCUCAUCUAUCACCUCAUCAAGAGUUCAUUUGUGGUGGAGAAGCAGCCAUGCAUGCCCACACAUCCACAAAAACCCCUCAUCAUCAAGACUGGAGUACAAUUCACCACCAAAGUCAGACUCCUGGUUAAACUUCCAGAGGUGGAUUAUCAGCUGAAAGUGAAAACAACAUUUGACAAGGACCUCCCCCCCGGCAGAGUAAGUCGUCAGUUUUUCAUCCUGACCAACAACACUAAAGUUAUGGAUAUUGAGGACUACUCCAAUGGCUGCCUCUCGGUGGAGUUCAGACACCUGCAGUUGAAAGAGAAGAAAUAUAUCAAUGGCACAAAGGGGAACGAGGGUCUGCUCUCUGUGACAGAAGAACUUCACUCUCUCAGCUUUGAGGCUUGCUUCACGGUGCAGGGCCUCACCAUUGAUCUGGAGACGUGUUCUCUGCCACUGGUGGUCAUUUCCAAUGUGAGCCAGCUGCCUGGAGGCUGGGCCUCUGUCAUGUGGUACAACCUUCUGACGGAUGAGCCGAGGAACUUGGCGUUCUUUGGAAACCCACCUCGGGCCAGCUGGAGCCAGCUCUCCGAGGUCCUUAGCUGGCAGUUUUCCACCUUUGCCGGUCGGGGCCUCAACAAGGAGCAGCUCACCAUGCUGGGAGAAAAGCUUCUCGGUCAGCAUGCCUCCUGUAGUGACUAUCAAGUGUCCUGGUCUAAGUUCUCAAAGGAGAAUAUUCCAGGAAAGCCCUUCAGUUUCUGGAUGUGGCUGGACUCCAUCCUGGAGCUCAUCAAGAAACACUUGCUGCCUGUUUGGACUGAGAACUACAUCAUGGGUUUUGUGAGUAAAGAGAUGGAGCGCACUCUGCUGAAGGACAGAGAGCCGGGCACCUUCCUCCUACGCUUCAGCGAGAGCCAUCUUGGAGGAAUCACUUUUACCUGGGUGGAGCACAACGACAACGGAGAUGCGAAGCUCAACUCUGUGGAGCCGUACACUAAAAACCGGCUCAGUGCUCUCCCAUUUGCCGACAUCAUACGAGACUACAAAGUGAUCUCAGACGGUUUUGUCCCAGAGAACCCGCUCAAGUUCCUCUACCCGGACAUCCCCAAAGACGAGGCCUUUGGUCGGCUUUACAACAGUCAGCCAAGCAAAGUCCAUCCAUACAUACCAUCAACCCUGAUCCCCAUCUCGCAACUGAAGCCUAAUUCAAAUGCCACACCACCUUCUUGUCAGUCUCCUGAGCCCCCAAUGACUCCGGGGGAGUUUGACAUGCUCAACGAGCACCUGUGCUUCGACAUUGACACCAUGAGUUCUCCAUAUUCAGAGUGAAAUGAGAUGAAAUGCGCAACAUUUUGCUCAAAGGUUCCUUGAAUCCUUCCUAACAAAGUUUUCCCACUGACCUGACACCACGCUCCAGUCAACAUCCACAUCUUGGUUAUCAUGAAGCGGUCUGCUAUGUUUAAAGAGGUUUUUGUGGUGAAAUUGGAUUCAUCACAUGUUGUUGUUUUUUACAUUCAUAAUUGUUUUUAAAAGAGAUUUUCAUGUCACUCUGUUUUUAUUGUAGAUCUGUGACAACCUGCUUUGGAGUUACUUAUAUUUUAACUGUUUCUAUAAAGUCUAUAUUGUAUAUAAAACAAUUUAAAUGUG